UUGAAACUUGCAUAUGUUGACCAUAAGGCGCGACAAAAUACAUAGUUGAUUGUGUUUGUGUGUAACGUUACUCGUUCAAUUUAACUGGAGCUGAUUCAUUGAACGUGUUUCAGUGACACGUGUUUCAGUGUUUUGUUUUUCGCUAAAACGAGAAUAAAAAUGGACUUGGAUUCCAUGAAGUAUUCCGAAUUGCGCAGUCUUGCAAAGGAGGUUGGUCUCAAAUCCUCCAAACUGAAGGCUGAUAAGCUUCUGAAGGCGCUCAGGGAGUAUUUCCAACAACAACCGCAGGAAGAUGUUGCAGUGGACCAGGGAGGUGAGACUGGUGUUGAUGCACAGGAUAACGCGGUUAACAGCAACUCAACUCAGGAUGAAAACAAUUCAGCACUGGUUGAUGAGCUGUCACCAAAACCUCCAGCUCAGGAGUUUGUGACCAAACGUCGUGGUAGAGGGCAACCGAAAAUGAGGAAGGAGCCUGAAGAUGAGGAGGCAGAAUGUGAACCUGCCAAAGCGCCGCUCACCCCGGCUGAGGUGACUGAAUCCAUCAUCGCCAAAGGGAGUUCCAAGAGAAGGAGAGUGUCUGCUGCUAAGGAUUCUGGGGUGGCUGUGCCUGAACCUGAACACAAAGUUGCAGCAGUGAUGUCCGGAGUGGGACAGAAGGUGGUGAAGCCAGUAGGAAAGAUCCCUCGCCACGAGGGGCUCCUGAAGAGGACUAAGUCUAUGUUGAAGCCUACUACACCAAACUUCAGAAAGCUCCACGAGGCCCAUUUCAAGAAGAUGGAGUCCAUUGACUCGUACGUGGACAGGAAGACCAAGAAAAUGGAUUCGUUCAGGAAUUCAGUGAAUGAAUUGAAGAGCUCAACCUCGAGCCGUGUCUCCCUGUUCAGCCCUGCAUCCCAGAAACCAGCUACCGAUAGACGUAGACUUACCCAGGUUUCAGCCAGCAAACCAGCUCCUGACAAACGUAGAAUCUCGGCCAGAAAACCCCCCCAGAAGGACACUGUUGUCCCAUUCAGACCCACAGUCUUGUCCACACGCCGAAUCAACGUUCGGUUCUCUCAAGCUACUCAGGAUAAUGAGCACAAGAAGACGAUGGUGAAGACGCCAGCACGCGUGGCACCCCGCGUGGACCUCCUCACUCCUGGGAAAGAGACUACGUUUAGAGGGAAAUCUGAAGUCAACAAGACCUUUGUUCUCUCCAGCGCUAAGACACCAGCGUUUGUGUUUAAUGCAAACACCAGUGUUCUUUCUAACUGUCCCGAAACCAACAAGAAGGCCAACUUUGAUCUGAAGGCCAGUCUCUCUAAGAAUCUCACCUAUAAGCCUCAUAAGGGAAAGCUGAAGCCAUUCAUGGUGGCCCAAGAGAACACGGUGGACCAGUCCGUUCCCUCCCACCAGAAGAACUACAAACAGCAUUCAGUUCAGACAAGGGAGGAAAGGAGGACAAAACAGACUGAAGACAGGAAGCAGAAGAAAGAGAAGGUGCUUGGAGCCAGACGAGGCCUCGUCUUGACCUGAUUACUCUACACGUACUUUUGCUCUUGUGAAGUUUAAACUCUUGUCAUUUCAGACCUGCUGAUUGAUUCCUAUUUCACUUGACCAUUUUCCUCUACUUUGACUUUCAGUUCCAACCUGUUUUUGAUUGUUCGAUUUUUAGAUUCACUUAUAACAACGUUUAAUAAAUGUUUUUAUUAACUUUAGUAUGGUACAAAUAAUGUUUCAUAUUUUGUAUACCUGUGUCGUUUUGUAGACAUUUACAUUACAUUUUGAGUCCUUCACGCUUCGAACACGCCGACAGUGUCCUUGGUUACUAGCCCCCUUGCGCAAAAUGGUACGCAGCAUCUGAUUAUGUAUGCGACAAAAGGUCAACAGUCUCCUUCUGCUACCAUUUCUGUCGAGCCGUCUACAGCAUACAGUUUGACAAAUCCAACGUACGCACCACACCCAACGCAAUGCUGCAAGACAAACUCCGCCUUUUCAAUGGAAAGGAAAUCAAUGUAAUUGUGGUGUACCAAAAUGCAAUGCCACUGUUGGUGUGAUCGAAGCGUAUGCAGAUGGUCUUAUCCGGAGCAACUUAUUCCCCUCUUCUCUGUGCUGGCUCCUCCCCCUAUGGGAAUCCUUAACCCACAACCCUGACGUUGUAAGCGCCAUGCUAUACAACUGAGCUACACGGGACAUUAGUCCUAAAUAUUUUGUACAGUUUGGUCAUAUUUGUUAUUCAUGUGAAUUGUAUUUUUUUUAUACCAUUUUGAACUUAGCUGAUGUAAAGGCAAUGUAAAAUACCAGUAGUAAAAAAUGUUUUUUCUCAAA